AUGCCUGAUGAGGUGCUGGAUACAGUUCAAGUGUGUAAUUUUGAGGCUUCUGGUUCCAUUCCGGCACCGGCACCGGCAACUGCGUGUGUCGUGUCUGCACCUGCAUUCUUCUGCACCGCCAAUGCACAAGCCCGUGUCCGUCAUGAAGAGAUGGGUCAGGGCAUCGGUAGUGUGGCUGUGAGGAAUCGAAAUACCUGUACCGACGAAGCUGGUGGUGACAGCUCUCGAUUUGACCCCACCAAGGGCUGUGAUGGCACAACCCAGGGCCUCCUCUCACUCGCCGUCAAUGUGGAGGACUGGUGGGCGACCAGGCAGAAAAAGCCCGGCAUAAGGCCCGGCAUGAGGCCCGACUUUCUGCCGACGAUCGACGGUUGGUCGCUGCAUUUCUCGGAUCAUUUCUCAAUGGGGUCAAAGCUCGAAAUGGCAGACUCCAUUGCCAAGGAAUUGAACACCAAGAUGAGGCCCGGCGCAGUGGCCAGCCAGCAUUUGCACUCGGCUUCAUUUCGCGCGCGUGGCCACCUGUAG